UUUUGCUUUUAUUGCAGAUACAGUGAGUAAAAAAAAAUUCUAUUUAUAAAUGUAAUAUUGUUCUUAUUAGAGAAAAUAAAUUAAUUAUAUUAUUAAUUAGUGCACAAGAUGGCUAGUGUAUUUCCAUUACUUUAUUUAUUUUAAAUGGAGCAGCUCUGAUGUAAUGCAGAUUUAUAUAUCGCUUUUUUUGUCGUAAACGUAUAUAAUGUUUUGCCUGAGUUUUUUGUGCCACUACAUCCCUGAGUGUACUCACCGACAGAGUGGGCCAUUAUAUCUGUUUACUCCUUCACCGCUGAGAGCACCGGCAUAUUAUAAUGUUACAGCUCAACAACCUGUCACUCAAACACCUGCACGCGCUCACUUAUGCAGAUGUGCUUUUGUGCGGCUGAGUAUUUGAGGAGUUACUUGGCGGGGCCAACGGUUUUGCUUGUGUGAAUUUUUUGGUGAGUUUGUGUUUGCGCGUCCGGCGGCAGCCAAGUUUCUACCAGACACCAAGACCCUCCAGAGACAGAGAGGCUGAUUCCGUUGACGGCGAGGCUGAAGAUGAGCUCUCUGCGCGGGGCUCGAGGCUCCGCUCAGCCCUGCGGCGCCGCCGCUGGGUCCGUGUGGGGCUGGGCCGUGUCUCGGCUACACCUGGACUGGACGACGAGGUUUUUCCAAGAAGAGGAAGAAAUGCUGAUUCUGACCCACAGCGAUGAGCUGAACCGAACCUACAGCGAGGACACCAGGCCAACUCCUGGGCCAAUCACCAGAGAAGACGACGAGGCCAGGAGAAACAGGACAUCAUCUGGUCAAGAUCAUCCCACCACGAGGGAGAACAGAGGAAAGGGAUUCACUAGCACCGUACGUCCGGCUUUUAAAGAAACCAGAGUAAUCUCCUCCGGAGCCGAGAACGUCACCGUGACUUCGGCCGUCUCUCCUCCAGACUCCUCCUCGCUCAAAAACACGAGAAGAUGUGACAAAGAAAGAAGAUUUUCCCAGAUGCUGACCGACCAGGUGGGAAGCAAGGGAGAGGACGCGGAGGAGAACAAGAGGUCUCGCGGAGUGUCCAGGUUUCUUUGUGCGGGUGGGCUCAAGUGGAGCUCUCCUGAGGAUGGAGAGGAGAAAAAAGAGGGGGAAGAAACGGCGGAGGGGACUUCCCAGCUUUGUGACUGCCGUGAAAAUGAGAAGGAAAGCAUCGGUUUGGCUGCUCCAGUGCAGAGCCCGGACAGCGGCACCCCAGGUGUGAAUCCCCCUCCAACCAUCACGGCCUGGGAGGCAGGCUGGAACGUCACAAAUGCUAUACAGGGUAUCUUCGUGCUGGGACUGCCCUUCGCUCUGGUCCGCUCGGGCUACGCGGGUCUCGUACUGCUGGUUCUCUCGGCCUGGGUGUGCAACCACACGGGGAGGACCCUGGUGGAUUGUUUGUACGAGGAGGACCAAAGUGAAGGCUCUGGCUCGGUGUCAGGUCCGAGGACAAAGGUCAGAGUUCGACACAGCUACCAGGACAUCAUCGAGGCCUGCUGCAAAGGGCUGUGGCCCAACUGGUCGGGGGUUGGAGGAUGGAUGGUUAAUGUAGCUCAGGUGAUUGAGCUGCUGAUGACCUGCACGCUGUACCUGCUCGUCUCCACCAGCCUGCUGUCUGACAGUCUGUCGGCCGUGGCCGUUCCCAGGUCGGCGUGUUCGCUGGUGUCCCUGGUUUUCCUCCUGCCCUGCCUCCUGCUGACUGAUCUCAGACCAGUCUCCACUCUCAGCCUGCUCUGCUCUCUGGCUCACAUACUGAUCAGCCUAUUGGUGAUGGUUUACUGUUUGAGUCGUGCCACCAGUUGGUCUUGGUCCUCCCUGUCUCCGUCCUUGGACCCAGAGGACUUCCUCGUCUCAGUGGGCGUCAUCAUCUUCUCCUACACCUCGCAGAUCUUCCUGCCUCCUCUUGAGGGCAGUAUGGAGGACAGGGGGCAGUUUAAUGCCAUGCUGGGCUGGACUCACGGAGCUGCCUGCAUCAUGAAAACCAUGUUUUCCUUACUGGCGGUGUUGACCUGGGGGACAGAGACCAGAGAGGUCAUCACUGACAACCUUCCCUCUGACCUUCGACCUCUGGUCAACCUGUGUCUGCUGGCCAAAGCCCUGCUCUCCUACCCUCUGCCAUUCUACUCUGCUGCUGAAAUAUUACAAACCUGCGUGCUCAGAGAUGCCGCCGUCUCAUCUCGCGCCAAACGCGGAGGCCGAGGCGUGUCUCGUCCGGCCCUGGUGGUCCGCGGCGCCCUGUUGGUGACGUCCUUCCUGCUGGCCCUGCUGGUGCCCAGGUUCUCCCUGUUGAUGGGCCUGACGGGCAGCGUGACCGGGGCGGCGGUGUCCCUCAUACUGCCGUGUCUGUUUCACCUCAGACUGCGGUGGGGGCGUCUCGCUGUGAAGGAGCGGCUGAUAGACGUGGGUAUACUGAUUCUGGGGCUCAUCUGUAGUGUGUCUGGGGUGAUUUGUUCUGUGAAAAGACUGGUGGAGGGGCUGUAGGAUGGAUGGAAAAAGGUCAACCUCUUCACUUACCCGCAAGCCAAUGUUAGUGUACUUCAUAGUUAACAUGCUAAAAUUGACAAACAUCGUUUGUUGUAUAUAAUACUGAGAAACAGAAUAGCUAUGUUGUAGAACUAUUAUUUCUCACUUCUU